GUUGAUUUGUAUCCGUUUAGUCUACUUUUAAAAGAAGCCCAAAGCCCUGGAAGACGAAGUGGUUGAAGAGAUUACAACUUCCCUCCCACGGUCAUCAAUGCCCAACACCAUCGACUGAUCAACAUGUCCUUCUUCCCUACCCCAACAUCAGAGCAGAGCAUGCACAAAGGCAACUGCCAUUGCGGCGCUGUGAGCUUCCGCUUUUCGCUGUCUCCGCCUCUGUCCGAAUAUCAUGUCGUUAGCUGCAACUGCUCUAUCUGCAGCAAGAAUGGAUACCUGCUCGUGUACCCCUCGCUCAAAGACUUCACCCUUGAGAGCGGCGCCGAAACAACCCGGACGCACCAGUUUGGCCGGCGUCAGGCGAAGCACGAGUUUUGUGGGACCUGCGGGAGCAGUUGUUUCAUCCGGCUGGUGGCAGAGGACGCGCCCCCAAUCAUAGCAGUAAAUGUCCGUCUGCUGGAGGACUGUGAUCUGGACAAACUAAAUUAUAAAAAGGUUGAUGGAAGGUCUUUCUGACUAAAUUAUACGUACCAGCUGCCACUCUACCAGUCAAAGUUCUAUUCACGAGAUACAGCCAGUCAGCGUCACUCGGGACACUCUACUCCUCGUCAGUAUAUGUAACCUUGUCCAUCUCAUACGAACAAGAGACAUGGGAAUGGGUAACUCGGAUAUAACUUAGGUUAUAUAGGAUGCUCUAUGUGCACUAUUCUAUCAUAGCUUUUGUCUACACGCGUCUAGGGUAUCUUUUACAACUUGACCUGAAAUCGAGGGUGUGUCCGGAUGCGUGCCCCGUACCGCC